UUUGGUGAAGUGAGUGGAGUGAACCAUGUGGUUUCUGUGAAUUAGUAAAUAAAAAUUAAUUUUCAUCGAGAAAUUUUCCGGAUUUUAUUAGAAAAUGGGGCGAAAAGCUAAAUUCGACGAGAAAAUUGUCCCCAGUGGUCCUGGGAGGAAGACUAAAAAACAGAAGGACCCGGUGUUCUCGAAGGAAUUGAUCGAGAAAGCCGAUAAGAAAUUGAGUCACAAGCAGAAGCAGAGGGCACGUAAAAGACAGGCCAAGAGAACCGAGAGGGAGGAGAGAAAAAAUGAAUCCAGAGUGAAAAAAGCAAAAAUUGAAGACUGCGACGAGGCCCCUGAAACAGAUUCAGACUCUGAGGAUGGCCCAGUGUCAUCUCAACCAGGAGCAUUCGUGCUACGAAAGCCGUCAUCCUCAUCAGAAUCCGAGGAAGACCCAGAGGAAGAUGCAGAGGGAUCGACCGACGAAACAGAUCUUCUACCAAUCGAACGAGAAUCCAAAAAGCUGAAGGCAAAGAUGUCAGAGGACGCCGCCCUGGAGGCAGCAGAGACAUCAGAAAUGGUGUCUCAAUGUGUCUUCGAGUUCCCCUCAGAGUCAGAGCUCCAGGAGACGACGAGCAUCAAAGACAUUCAGAAUCGAAUAAAAGACGUGGUGAUGGUGUUGAAUGACUUUAAACGUUUCAGGGAUGUCAACAGACCCCGCUCUGAUUACCUGAAUCUCUUGAAGUCCGAUCUGUGCACCUACUACAGCUACAACCUCUUCCUCAUCGAGAAACUCAUGCAGAUAUUUUCCCUGAGUGAAUUACUGGAGUUCCUGGAGGCCUCGGAGGUCCAGCGACCCAUGACUAUUCGCACAAAUACUCUGAGGACUCGCCGGAGGGAUCUCGCCCAGGCCCUCAUCAACAGGGGAGUCAACCUCGAUCCCAUUGGCAAAUGGACGAAAGUUGGACUCGUCGUGUACUCAUCUCAGGUACCCAUGGGGGCAACACCCGAGUAUCUCGCUGGACAUUACAUCCUCCAGGGGGCAUCCAGCUUUCUACCUGUUAUGGCACUCGAGCCCAAGGAGAAUGAGAGAAUUCUCGAUAUGUGUGCAGCACCUGGGGGCAAAUCGUCUCACAUCGCUGCUCUCAUGAAGAACACUGGGGUAUUGUUCUCCAAUGAUGUUAAUCAGGAUCGUGUCAAGGCCGUUAUUGGAAACUUUCACAGACUUGGAAUUGUCAACUCUGUUAUCUGCUGUCAUGAUGGCAGGAAGAUCCCUGGAGUCAUCAAGGGAUUUGACAGAGUUCUUCUGGAUGCCCCCUGCACUGGGACUGGUGUCGUAGCCAAGGACCCCAGUGUCAAGACGAAUAAAGAUGAAGUGGAUGUCCAGAGAUGCUGCACUCUUCAGAGGGAACUUCUCCUCGCGGCCAUCGACGCUGUCAAUGCAAAAUCAGAGGCUGGAGUUAUCGUUUACUCCACGUGUUCUAUUCUCCCUGAGGAAAACGAAUGGAUUGUCGAUUAUGCACUCAAGAAAAGGGACGUUAAAGUGGUGCCCACUGGUCUUGAAUUUGGAGAGGAGGGAUUUGUGAAUUACAGACAGCACCGAUUCCAUCCCUCUCUCAAACUCACGAGGAGAUUUUACCCCCAUGUACACAAUAUGGACGGAUUUUUCGUGGCAAAACUCAAGAAAUUCUCGAAUAUUAUUCCAAAAAAGGCAGAAGAGAGUCAGCCUGAGGGGGUUUAGGGGUUUAUUAUUUUUUUUUACAUCUUUUACAUGCUGUACAGAAGGAACUUCAGUGGAAGAAGAUGCUCUUCAGCUGUUUCUCGCAGAGACGUUUCACCUCGUCUGGAAAAAUAUUAAUUCGUGUUUUUUAAUUGAUUUCAUUCAUGAUGACAGAUAACUCUCUAGACAAACGAUGAAAUUAAAUGAGACGAAUCCAAUAUUUUUUCAAUUAUCGAGAAAACUAUCGAUUUCAAGGGAAAAUUGUGAAGGACUUUUAUGUAGCUGAAUAAAUUGCCGGCGAAAAAGCUCUUUUCAUCUUUUCUCCCAGAGGCAAUUGUUUUUCAGUUUAACUGCAGUUUAGAUUUUUAAAUAUUAAUCUAUAAUUAAUUAAACUGUGAAAUUGGAUUUUUCUUUUAUUAUUGCACUGUCGAAUCGAUUGUGAUUGAUGAAUAUAAAUAAAUGACCGAUUAUAGAUA